AUGCCAAUUUUUCAUAUAUACUCUCCUUUUCCCCAGGGUCUACCGUCGUGGUCUCGAGGUCUGGAGGCGGCGGAGGCUGCCCGCUUGCGGCUCGUCCGCUGGGCGUGCGGGGAAGCCACCGACCAGCCGCCGCGGAAGAAGAUGCCGCACGCUCUGAGGAGAAGGUGGCCCAUGUGCCCAUGCCUACAGAAUGACGAACCUCCAGAGAUCACGUAUUGCGUGGUGGGAGGAGAGGGAGGCCUGGCUCUACAAGCAGUCACACCCACACACCCCAUGCCUCCCCAAGAUGAACUAGACGCCAAGUUUGCUGAACUAGUGGAGGAGCUUGACCUAACAGCGGUCAACAAAGCAGCAAUGAUGGAGCUGCCAGCAGCUAAGAAGUGGCAGAUCUAUUGUAGUAGAAGACCACCACCAGGUCAAGCUCCACCGCUAGCGACUGCGCCACAAGUAGAAGAAUACAUCAAGGCAUUGAAUGAAAUUUCAGACGCGUUCGCAUCAUCAGAGAAUGCUCCUCCCAGUGAAGCUACAGGUCUUGUAGAUGGUUUGAAGACAGCUUUAAGGACUCGGGCCCACAGCUUUGUUCUACGUUUCAUAAAACAGGGAGGCUUGGCCGCCUUGUUGGAGGCCCUACAGAGGGCGCCCAGAGAUGACGCUAUCACACGACACAACCUUAUAGCUGGGAUUAAGGCUCUCAUGAACAAUUCUACCGGUCGAGCUCAUGUGCUGGCUCAUCCUACCAGUAUAGAUCUGAUAGCACAGUCCAUGGACACCGAGAACGUUAAGACUAAAGUGGCAGCCCUGGAAAUACUUGGAGCCGUCUGUCUGGUACCUGGCGGUCAUAAGAAGGUCCUAGAAGCGAUGAUACAUUACCAGAAAUACGCAGGCGAACGAGCGAGGUUUCAGGGUAUAGUGAAUGAAUUGGACAGAAGUACGGGCGCGUAUAGAGAUGACUUGGGGCUCAAAACGGCUAUCAUGUCAUUCGUAAACGCUGUACUAAACUACGGCCCGGGAGAAGAAAGUCUUGAAUUCAGACUACAUUUAAGAUACGAACUACUCAUGUUGGGAAUACAACCAGUAAUCGAGAAACUACGUAAAUACGAGAACGAGACCCUCGACCGUCACAUCGAGUUCUUCGAGUUGGUUCGUUUUGAGGAUGAGAGGGAACUUGCCAGGCGGUACGAACACACACACGUGGACACUAAGAGCGCUGCUGCUAUGUUCGAGCUGCUGAGGAGGAAGCUGAGCCAUACAGCUGCUUACGGACACCUGCUGUCACUGCUGCAACACCUGCUGCUGCUGCCAUUGGAAUACAACCCUCACUCGCAGCACUGGCUGCUGUUGGACCGGGUCGUGCAGCAGAUAGUGCUGCAGGCGCCUGGGAGAGAUGGCGCUGAUAAUAAGGUGUACAACCCAGACGUAGCUCCAUUGGAGAUAAAUGUUGGGGAGAUCGUACAGCUACUGGCGAAGGAAGAGGAAUUAGUAGCGGCGAGGAAUAAAGCUGAUAACUUGGAAAGGGAAAACGUCGACCUCGCUACCGAACUAGCUAAAAAGGAGAAGCAAGUCGACCAACACACGCAAGAGAAGGAGGAGUUGGAGGGAGUUGUGUCGCGACUCAAAGAGAGAUUGGAGAGAGAGACGGCCGCUCACAUGGAGUGUACGGAGAGAGCUAGAUCAUCGGCUUGUAGGGCGCACCAGCUGGAACAACAGUUGAACCAAGAGCGAGCCGAACGAGUUAGGUUCGAGAAACUAGUGAGUGAAGGAAGCAUACCUGAUGACGCUAAGGUCAGUAACCUCAAGAGCGCCGUCAUUGAGACGUGUUCCGCGCCCCCUCCCCCUCCUCCGCCGUCCUUAUGCCCUCCUCCCCCCACUGUUUGCCCCCCUCCCGCUCCCGCGGGCCCUCCUCCCGCGCCCGCUCCCCCGCGGCCGAAGAAGAACGUACCGACGCCCGGCAACCCGCUGAAGAGCUUCAACUGGAGCAAACUACCUGACGCGAAGCUGCACGGCACUAUAUGGCAGGAGCUGGAUGAUACUAAGCUGUACAACGACAUGGACCUGCACGCUAUAGAUAGGAUGUUCUGCGCCUACCAGAAGAAUGGAGUACAGAACGAGGGUUCAGUAGAAGAUCUCCGUCAGUUAGGUUCCAAGCCUCGCUCCAAGAUACUGUCAGUUAUCGACGGCAGAAGAGCGCAGAACUGUACCAUACUGCUGUCCAAACUGAAGAUGACCGAUGAAGAGAUUUGUCGCGCUAUCCUCCGUAUGGACAGCGGGGAGCAGCUUCCGCUGGACAUGUUGGAGCAGCUGUUGAAGUUCACUCCCAGCGCCGAGGAGGCCGCCUUGCUAGAGGAACACCAGGACGAGCUAGACAACAUGGCGCGAGCUGACCGGUUCCUAUACGAGAUCUCCAAGAUUCCUCAUUACUCUCAGCGUGUGAGGACUCUUCUGUUCAAGAAGAAGUUUUCGCUGGCUGUAUCAGAAGCUUCCUCACGAGCCUCUGUAGUAUUGAGAGCUGCAAGAGACAUGACGCGAUCUAGAAGACUUAGAGCACUUUUAGAAAUUGUACUAGCGCUUGGCAAUUAUAUGAACCGAGGUGCUCGCGGCAACGCUUCCGGUUUCCGUCUGACGUCACUCAACAAGCUGGCUGACACCAAGUCCAGUGUAACAAGGAACACGACUCUCCUACACUACUUAGUCGAAAUGUUGGAGACUCAGUUCAAGGACGUUCUUCUCUUGGAAGAAGAUCUACCCCACGUCCGCGCAGCCGCUAAAGUAUGUGUCGACCAGUUAGAGAAGGACGUGGGUUCUUUGAGGACUGGCUUGCGAGAGGUUUCAAGAGAACUAGACUACCACGCCUCUCUGCUCUCCUCGCAGCCUCACGACGCCUUCGUUCCUGUAAUGAGGGAGUUCCACGCUCACGCUGUGUGCUCAUUCACACAGCUUGAAGAUUUAUUCCAGGAUAUGAAGAGUCGUCUUGAAGCGUGUGCUCACGCGUUCGGAGAGGAGCCGAGCACCUCCCCUGAACAACUGUUCGGUGCUCUGGAUUCGUUCCUCACGCAGCUGGCUGAGGCGAGGGCCGAGUGUGACGCGGCGAGGAGGAGGAGGGACGAGGAGGAGAGGAGGACUCGACACGAGCAGGAGGUGAGGGAGGGAGAUACUAAGAUACACAAAAACACGUUAAUUAAACUUAAAUACAGAUAUGCUAGAAAAAGCGAGCGGCAAAUCACUGUUUGUUGGAUAGACUUGGAGAACGCGUUCGGGUCGAUACAACACGAAUUGAUGCUAUUCGCGCUUAGAUGGUACAACUUUCCACCCCUAGUUAGAGAUAUGAUCGCGUCGUAUUACUCAAAAUUAAGGUUUUCUAUAAUAACUAAAGAAGGCCCUUCAAAAAGUUUGAGUUAUAAUGUAGGACUGUUUCAAGGUUGUUGUCUAUCUCCAAUUGCGUUUAAUAUCGUAAUUAACAUCUUAGUAGACAAAUUAAUCUGUAACGAGAAAAAAUGGGGUUAUCGGUUUAAGUUUAAUAAUAAAUACACGGAAUCCAUUUUAGCCUUCGCUGACGAUCUCGCAAUACUGACACGUAACCCCAAACACUGUCAGGCGGAAUACAAGAUACACCUCAUACGAUCCGGGACUAUCGUUAGGCGGUCAAUGCAUUUCUACGGUUACGGAAAAUGCCCAUUUAAAUUUCUCGGUCGUAAGAUAGAUAAUAUAGGCCGUACUCCAUCUUUAGAAGGAAUAGUAGAUAGCUUUUUGAACGAUCUUAACAAGUUAGAUGCAGGCGUCAUAAAGAUGUUGAAGUUGUGGCUCGGGCUCGCUCUAACGGCUGAUUCAUCGGCGUUAUUUAGGGGAAGCAAUAGUUUUGGGAUGAGUCUAAAAAGGCCAUCGGAGCUCUAUAAACACCUAAGAGUUUCCAAGAGAUAUAUCCUGGGGAAAUCCCAUGAUGACAUAGUGACAUCGCUCCCAAAAGAUGAAGAUGCCCCCGAGCUAGAGUCACGACUUCAAUUCCAUAAGCAAUUUAUGAUAGGAGCGCAAAGUAACAGAGCGGGGUUAGGAUCAAAUAGGAAAGUCCAAGAUGCGGAUAUAUUGAAGUCUUUUAUUCGGCAAGACGAGAAUGAUAAAUAUAAGAUCCAUGCAAUGAAUUUAGAAAUGCAGAACGAGUGGUUAGACAUAGGAGAUUUUUGCAUCCCAUUAGCAUUAAAAUGGCGCACUUUAAUUUAUGAUUGGUCGCCAGCAUUGCUAAAAUUCUAUCUCAAUGCGUUCCAGAUGACUCUCCCAGAUCAGAGUAAUUUAGUAAGAUGGGGUAAAAGUACCGAAAAAACUUGCUAUAUCUGUGGAAAGGCAGUUGGAACUGCUAAGCAUCUGCUGGUGGGAUGUAAGGUACUCCUGGACAGCGGUCAAUACUCGCGUCGUCACGAUAGGGUUCUAGAAGUCAUACGUGAAGCGGUUAGUCUUUCGGUAGCCAGAGCGCAAAAGGGAAUAACCACAAACGAACGAUCAGUAGGUUUUGUGAGAGAAGGCUCUAGGGCUACAAAAUCAAACGUCAAGCCUUACUCCAUCCUUAAAGCGGCGUCGGAUUGGACUAUAAUGAUGGACACGUAUGAAAAACAAUAUAAAAUCCCCGAGGAUAUUUGUGCGUCGGCCUCCAGACCGGAUAUAUUUUUGUUUUCGCGAAUUUUAAAGCGCGUAGUGAUGAUAGAGCUUACGGUCCCUUGGGAAACCAACAUCCCCAAAGACCAUACCAUCAAGGUCAACAAAUAUUACGAGCUCACAAACGAACUCACUCGAAAUAGGUUCGUAGUAGAUUUGUACGCGGUAGAGGUGGGAGCGAGAGGUAUAACAGCGAAAUCUCUCUAUAACCUACUAAAGGACUUGGGCUUGUCCAGAACUCACAUUAAUGCAUUCUUGGAACGUACAUCGAAGGCAGCCCUAGUAGGUUCUUUUCAAAUUUGGUUAGGUAGGGAGAGGAGCUUGGACAGUGGAGGUGAGCGUAUAACGCGCCUCAAGAAACGGACCAUGGAAAGAAAACAGGGCUCAAGUCUACUAGGAUCUGUUGGGAAGUCUCUCGGAAAGAGCAACGGAGAUUGCAACGGACAUGAAGCAAAAGACGGGACUUUGACUAACGGACAGAAAGGAGAGUUCGAUGACCUCAUCUCUGCUUUGAGAACCGGAGACGUAUUUGGGGAUGAUGUAGCCAAGUUUAAGAGGUCCAGGAAAGCUAAAGCCAGGGGCAGAGACUCACCACCACGACCCGUAGGCAGAGAAGAUUCUAGAGAGAGACAGAAGAAUUAA